UAUUAUUAGCGUGAGAAAAUCAUUGGGUCGACCCAUAUGUAUUAAUAAUGAAAAAUAUUAAAUAUUAAUGUGUCAAUGUAACACUUUAGUCAAUUACGUGUUAAAUUUUUAACACUAAUAUUAUUAGGCACACCAUGGGGCGGAUGUAUAUAAAUUGACGCCAACCACAAAUUGAGUUAACAGUAGAACAAAAGCUGCAGGACAACGACAUGGCAAUCGACAGUCUGAUUUUCUUUCGGAGUCACUGGACCGUUUGGAGGAUACUUGGCCCAGCAUAUCGUCAAGUGACAUGGAUAAAAUUCUAUAUAGUCUACAACAGCAUAAUGCACCUUUUAAUCACCAUUGGAAAUCCUCUGCAUUUGGGUAUAACCCUUUUUCGUAACGGCAAUCUCACGGAUGACAUCAGAAACCUCACGUUCUUUGCCACUUGCCUUGCUUGCUCCUUGAAGUUCAUUAUAUACACCUAUAACUUUGAUAAAGUGACGAGAAUGGAAAAGCUUCUUGUGCAAUUGGAUUCGCAUGUUAAACACAUAGCUGAAAUGAAGAUAUAUCAUCGUCUGAAAAUCCAAUUGAAUGUAAUUCUCUAUGUGUUCAUUGGCAUUUGUAUAUUUAGUGCAGCCUCCGCUGAGUUGGGAUUCCUAAUGCAAGAAGGACGCGGACUCUUGAAUCCCGCUUGGUUUCCAUUCGAUUGGCGAAAUUCUAAUCGCAAUUUUUACAUUGCUAAUUUUUAUCAGAUGCUUGGUUCAGUCUAUCAACUGAUGCAAAACUAUGUAAACGAUUGUUAUCCCGUCGUUAUGUUGUGUCUUAUCUCAGCCCACAUCAAAAUGCUCUACAUACGCGUGGAGCAACUGGGAUUGAAUGAUUCAGAGGAUGCUGCGGUUCAGAUUGAGUUGGAGAACUGCAUAACGGAUCACAAACACUUGCUAGAACUGUUCCACACCCUGGAGUCCUUCAUGUCCUUGCCAAUGCUUAUCCAAAUCGUUGUGAGUGCCGUAAACGUUUGCGUGAGCAUUGCAGGAGUGUUGUUCUUUAUAACUGCUCCCAUGACUCGUGCUUAUUUUGUCAUUUACGCCAUGGCAAUGCCUUUGGAAAUCUUUCCCACCUGCUAUUACGGCACAGACAAUGAGAUUUGGUUUGGCAAGCUUCCCUAUGCGGCUUUUAGUUGCAACUGGAUGGAUCAGAGUCGCAGUUUCAAGAGGAAUCUGAUGCUGUUUGUGGAACGUUCCCUAAAGCGAAGCACUGCCAUGGCUGGUGGAAUGCUUCGCAUCCAUGUGGACACCUUUUUCUCUACUCUUAAAUUUGCCUAUUCUCUGUUCACAAUCCUACUGCAAAUGCGAAACCCGUAAGGAACAUUUUUAUGGAAGUACAUUAUUCUAAUAAUGUGUAUUAAUGUUUCUAAAAA